GAAAAAAGAAAUAUAAAAGAAUUCAGGCAGAGAAAUUUAUAAAAUUCUAUGAGAAUAAUAUAAUAAUAAGCACUAAGCAGACAGUCCUAAGUGGGUUAACACAGAAACAACAGAAGUGGACCCAAAUCAUCCCGAAAACCCAACCGGCAGAUCAACAGAGACAGACUUCUUAGAUCGCAUCGCAUCCAAAAAGAAUCAACCUUAAAGAACCAUGGAAUUCUACGAUGGCGACCUCAAAGAUAUAUGGGAUUCCGAUUUAGAUCCGGAAUCCUUGAAAAUUAGCAGCGAUCACGAUAUGCACGACUGGCUGUUCGAUCGCGAUGUCAAAGAUCCCACCGUUAUACUCAAUGACAAGCUCAUCUCGGAUGCGCUGCUCAAUGGUACGCUGCCAAUCAAAACCGAGCAUUCCUAUAGCCUUAGUAGCGAUGUUGAUUCCCUGCCAGACUCACCAAAGAGUCUGCACCCCAAAAUCGAGGACAUGGAUGACGAAUGCUUCCCCGCCAUUUCACUGAAGUCGGCCACCAGUGUGCGGGCCACCAUCGAUCCCAAAUGCCUGACCCUCCACCCGCAAUCGCACACACCCGCCACACACAGCAGCCGCGUGAGCUGCAGUCCCGCCCUGAGCUCAGAGCUGACCACAGCCACAGCGACUUUGACACGGGCCGGGCUCCAGACGCACGCGCACCACCUGCAGAGCGGGAGCAACAGCAACAGCAACAGCAACAGCUCCAGCCACAGCCACAGCCACGUGAUCGCCGCUAUGGAUCACUAUCAACUACCUCACUUGUACGACAAUGACUGCAGCUCGUCGUUGUCGUCGAUUCGGGAUGGCAGCAUAUCACCGGACAUCUGCUCGGACAUUGAGAUCGACGAGUCGGCAAUCAAGGAUGAGCCCAUGUCGCCCGACUCCAGCUGCCCCGCCAGUCCCAACUCACAGGCGAGCAGCUCCCAGCAGCACCAGCUGAGCCUUAAUCUGGCCCAUCUACAGACGGAAAUGCUCUUUGAGCAGAAGCACGGCGGCCUCUUGCUGACCAGCAGCAGCAGCAGCAGCAGCAACAAUCACCUCAUUAAGUCCCAGCAGAGACAGCACCAGCACCCGCUCCUUGGACAGGGCGAUCUUAUAAUGGCCAAAAUGGAGAUCAAGAGCGAGAAACAAAACACCAGCAACAGCAGCACCACGAGCAGCAGCAGCUCGGGCAAGUCACAUGCCUACGGCAUUCCCCUGACGCCGCCAUCAUCUCUGCCCAGCGACGAUUCCGAAGGUAACUUGACACCGGAACAUUUGUUUUCGCCACUGUCGCCCAACGCUUCCGUUUCUAUAUCCGUGGCCAAUGCAGCCAAUGGCGAGUCAUCGACCAUGGUGCGGCGAAACGUUACCGGCAUCACGCGCUCUGCCAGCUGCGGCGGUUCCGGCACCGGCACCGGCACCGGCACCGGCUCCGGCUCCAACACCAGCACGACCACAACAAGGCAGCCCAUACACACGCCGUUGAUAAGCUCCCAGCCGAAGGGCUCUACAGGCACACUGCUGCUGACAGAGGAGGAGAAACGCACAUUGCUGGCCGAGGGUUAUCCGAUACCGCAGAAGCUCCCGUUAACAAAAGCCGAAGAGAAAUCGCUCAAGAAGAUCAGACGUAAAAUUAAAAAUAAAAUCUCUGCUCAGGAAAGUCGUCGCAAGAAGAAGGAGUAUAUGGACCAGCUGGAGAGGCGCGUGGAAAUUCUUGUCACUGAGAAUCACGACUACAAGAAGCGCCUCGAGUCGCUGGAGGAGACCAAUGCCAAUCUACUUAGUCAGCUGCACAAAUUGCAGGCCCUAGUUAGCAAGCACAAUGUGAAAAAGUCCUAAGCCAGGGACCCAGGACGUGUGCCGGUUCCGUUUCUUGUUUGCCCGCCUUCCCGAAAUACCUAUAUAUCUAUACCUAUUUACCUAUACCUAUACCUAUACCUACACCUACA